AUGGAAGAUGUAUUCACUCCUCCCGCAACUCAGCAGCCCCAGCAGGCCGUCUCGCCCCAAGCUAGCUCGCCAUCAGUCGAAGAGUCCACAUAUCUAUUAGGGUCUAUUGGCCUCAGAAGUCCCAACAAUAGAGAGCAGCGUCCGAACUGGUUCCAGUUACGUAACAAAUCAGGAACCCAAGAUGCCACGCCAACGUCAUCGCAAAUCGGAAACUCAAACCACGGAGCUUUCGAUGGUAGCUUUCUUCUUCCGCAAAUCCCAGGCAGCUGGCCAGUGUCCCCGCCCAGGCCCUCGGCGGCGCCAGCUGACCUGUCCGUCAAGCCCUCACCGGAAAUACAAGGCGCUCCUCCGUCACCAAACUCCCGAACUAGGGAGUUUAUGAUGGCGGGGGGCAUAGCAUCUGCCAGCCCGGGAAGAAGUUCAGUAGUGCCACGUCCAACUGAUGUUCCAAUGACAUCCCUAGAACCUGAGUCUCCUCUGCAGCUAGCAGCAGACGGCUUCCGCUACCUAUACAGAUUGCCAAGGUACUUCUCCGACUGCUGGGGCAAAUUAUCACUAAGACCCAGCAUCGCGUUCAUGGAAACAGUGAAGAGGAGAGCUGUAGAUUUUUGGACAUCUCAGACUUCUCGAACUGCCACUGCCCCUGUUUCCAGCCAUUCCCCACGCAGAACCGACAGAAGACGCGAUAAGAAGCUCCUGGGCUUGAGCAUGGAGCAGCGACGUGAAUUUCGUCUCCAGCAGAAGCGUACGCAGAGAAAGAAGACGACAUCCCCAGUCGCCCCCGAGCUUCAUAAAAUCGAGCUUCCCAUCUCUGAAGUGAAGCCAAUGACGUCCGCUGCUCCUGCUCCUGCCCAGUUAGCCCAGCGAGGGCGCUCUCGCCGCCACCGAUCGAAGCCCGCCAAAAGUUCGAUCCAGAAAAUCAUGCCGCACAAGCCUGGUUCAGCCGUUACACCAGGCCGCGUUACCAAACAGCGCACUGUGCGGCCGGCGAGAGACACCUCAAGAGGAUCGAGAAUUGUGUAUCGAGGCGGUCAUAGAGACGCCUCAUACGAGGAGAGAAUCCGGAGAGUCCAGCAGAUGAACUUGGAUUUCGUAUUAAAAUCCGGGCCUGCCCAAGUCAUCCUACCUGAGCCACAAGAACCCGAGUCACCCGUCGCGCCAGUGACUCCAGAGCUCAGAGAGACCUCCGAACCUCCGCCACCUUCCAGUGCUUCGGUGCCAACCACCCCCCCUGGACCGUGUACCGACCAGCCAUCAUCAGCCGUGGGUACCAGUCCCACUGACGAGCCUCCCAGAGACCAGUCGUAUGAUGGCUAUACACAGAGACCAGCAGAACCAAGCACUCGGACAGUACACUGGCAUGAAGCCAGUUCACCACUCGGACAGCCGGUUGUUGAGAUCCGCGUCUAUGACCCCAGCGCCCCAGUCAGACCUGCGCAAGGGGUGGAAGACAGCCAGCAACCGGCUCACGCAACAAUUGACGACAGGUCACCAGAGGGCCCUUUCAUUAAGCCCCUCAGCAGCAGAUGGGACUCGCGUCUCACCGCUGAUAUGUCCCUUCCCGAUUACCGACAGGUUGGGACAACGAUCUCUGGUGACCCCCUGACCCGUAAGGAUUUUGCGACAUGCUACACCCCGUUAGCGUGGCUCAAUGACGAGGUGAUCAAUGCAUAUCUCGCAAUAAUCCUUGACUACGCUCGAAGGGCUUCGGGCAGUUCAGGGAGGCUUCGGGAGCCCAAAUACCACGCCUUCAACUCAUUUUUCUACUCUAGCCUUAGGGACCGAGGCUAUGAGUCCGUACGGCGUUGGGCUUCCCGGGCUAAGAUUGGGGGUCCGGCCUUGUUGGGGGUAGAGAUGGUUCUCAUCCCUAUCCACAAUCAAGCGCACUGGACCCUCAUGGUCGUCAAACCGAAGGCUCGAACCAUUGAGUACUUCGACUCCCUCGGAGGUUCUUCACGAGCUCAUAUCAGCCGAGUGAAGGAAUGGCUCCAGGGAGAGUUGCGUGACCUCUUUAUCGAAGAGGAGUGGCGGGUUCUCCCAACAGACUCUCCACAACAGGACAACGGCAGCGACUGUGGGGUGUUCCUCCUAACUACCGCUAAGAUGGUGGUGUUAGGCUUGCCUCUUUCAUAUGGGGCGAGAGACAUUCCCACGAUCCGCAAGAGGAUCGUUGCCGAAAUCCUUAAUGGAGGGUUCGAAGGAGAUUUCGACCCAAAAGUUGAGUUCCCUGGUGCAGCAGCUGUCUUCCACCCGAGCCUUUGUAGUUCAGACUUCGUUGCCAGACAUGUUUCUCCUCCUCUCUUCCUCAAUUUCUCGAUCCUGCUGGCGAGCAUCCGCAAAGGUCCGGCAGAGACAAUGCCAGGUAAACCCUCAGGGCGACAAGUCGUCGUCGAUGUCGGUACCGGAUAUCAGCGCAACAAACCUAGUUUGGAGGAAUCGGUGUUGGAGUUUGGGACCGCAUGGAUGCGGUAUUGA